ACCUAUAGCUCAGCUCUUCAACAGACACAGCUUCAGAGCCCAGCAGUAACCUUGAGCACUGGACCAGAAACCCCAGGAGCAGUAGACUGACAUCCAGUUGACACCAAGCUCAGAAGCUUUGUAAGGUACAGAGAUGUCUCACGGGUUUACUAAGGAGGAGGUCGCUGAGUUCCAGGCAGCUUUCAAUAGGUUUGACAAGAAUAAGGAUGGCCAUAUCAACGUCCAGGAACUUGGAGAUGUAAUGAAGCAGCUGGGCAAGAACCUCCCAGAGAAGGACCUGAAGGCGCUCAUCUCCAAGUUGGACACAGAUGGUGAUGGCACGAUCAGCUUUGAAGAAUUCUUGACAGCCAUAGAGAAGUACAAGAAAGGGCACAGAGCAGGGGAGCUGCGGGCUGUGUUCAGUGUCCUUGACCAGAAUGGUGAUGGCUACAUCACUGUGGAUGAGCUCAAGGAAAGCUUGUCCAAGUUAGGCGAGUCCCUUUCCAAGGAGGAGGUGGAGGGCAUGAUCCGUGUGGCUGAUGUGGACCAAGAUGGAAAGGUGAACUAUGAGGAGUUUGUGCGCCUCCACAUUGAGAAUUGAGACUGCUGGGCGCAAGCUCCAACUCGUCGUCUAUCUGCCUGAAUCUGACAGGCACUUGUGCCUUCUUGCGGAAGCUCUGCUCUUCUGGUGGUGUUAAAAAGAAAAGUCUGUGUGGUGUAUGGAAACUACCUCAUGAGUGAGGAAGACUUCAUUGGCUCUGGAUGCUGUGCCAUCUGGAGCUACUCACGAGUCCCCUCUCUGCCUGCUGAGACUCUGGUCAGAGGAUGGUUUCCUUGGGUGUGUCUCUCCUCUCCCUCUUGCUGUGGAAUGGGUGCUUCCUACCUCCCAGGGCUCUUAUAACUGUUUAAAUAAAAAUAAUGCAAAUUCUG